AUGUUCUUGCAGUCGUCACCGUGGCAGCAUGAAUCUGAAUUGGCCAUGGUGAGGGACUGGUUCUUCCCUGAACAUGUCAAGCAAGACGUAUAUUCUCCGGCUUCGGGGUUGCCAUCAGAUAUGCGACAACGGGCCGUGAACCGGGUGAACAUGUGGCUUUUCAAAGCCGGUCGGCUACCCCCAGCACUCAUCGCGACCGCGGGUUUGACCGAAGCUUUACUGCAUGAGGAGAAAGUACGGGCUGGUGGAGGUGGCAUUUCCGAAUCGGCCAUGCAGAGCAUCUUUGCGAUGGCGUUUGCGAGAUUCGUCAACGGUUUCGUGGACCGCGACGUUGCUCGUUCCCAUGCUGCUGAAAUGGCAGUGGACGACGGCACAGAUGUCGACAAUGGCAGCAUGUCCACGGCCAAGGGAGAGAAUUCUAUGUAUGCGCACGCCGCUACAAUUCGCAUGCCGCAGACUUUUGUCGAUUUACGGCACGAGGUCACCCAUGGCCACAUCCCAAACUUGACAUAUCUCAAGCGAAUGACUCUAAAUGCAUUGCAGUGGUUGUGGGAGAGAUGGUGGAUGAAGAAUGCCACGGGGGAUCCUGCGCGCGCUUUGUGGGAGCUGCAAGAGCGGAAACGAGCUGCAAGGGACGCAAGAAAUGCCAGUGACUUUCAUACCAACAUGACGGGUAUGGUAGACCAAGCAUACAUAGCGAGUCAAGCUCAUGAUCGGAUGGCCAUUGAUGAACUGGCGGGAGAAACUUAA